AUGGCGCCACACAACGAUUCUCCACGUCCCUCUGGCCCAGUUGCCGAGCAAUCUACCAACAUGGAACGAGGCAAACGGUCCAAAGUUCCAUGUGCUGUGUUUGUCCAUGCCGGUGCUGGAUAUCACAGCCGAGAGAAUGAAGCGAAGCACCUGAAGGCCUGCUCAGAAUCGACCAGGGCUGGGAUGAUUGUCCUGCAGACAGGGGCGACUGCGGUCGAGGCAGUGGAGAUGGCGCUCUCAAUGCUCGAAGACAAUCCCAUCACCAAUGCAGGGUAUGGUAGCAAUCUGACUGCGAAGGGUGUUGUCGAAUGUGAUGCGUCCAUCAUGGAUCAUCUUGGCCGUAGUGGUGCCGCUGGAGCUGUUCCCAACGUUAAAAACCCGAUCAUGCUGGCUCGCAAGAUCUACGACGAGGCGUACAGAUCCCCUGGCAUGUCGCGUGUUCCACCCAACUUCAUCGUGGGUGACGGUGCUACCGAGUUCGCAUGGGCUCAUAAUAUUCCCACCAUUCCACCUCAUGCUUUGAUCACAAAUGCUGCCAGAGAACGCUGGACCAUCUGGACUCGCGAGAUUGAAGAAUUUGAGGCAGAACGUGCACAUUCUCUGGAAGACUCUGCACCUACGUGGGUGCGUCCUUCCACUGACCAUGGCUCUCCCAUACCGGCUGGUGUUGCCCGUGGCACUCCUCCUGUCUUUGGUAGACUCGAUGCCAGAACUGCUUCCGCCAGUCAGCUCAAUCCAGAACAUGAUAAUGACUUACUAGUAAGCGGAUCGACAAUGGAUGGAGUGCUUCCUCGUGUCAAAUCACAGUCAGCCGGUGAAUAUUCCACAUUUCCUGAGUCUGAUUGGGCAAGAUAUCCGAAAAAUCCCACCGACGGUGAAACUGGCGAGGAUCGUAUCACAGAUACUGUCGGGGCGAUUGCGAUUGAUCAGUGGGGCAAUAUCGCUGCCGGAUCCUCAUCUGGUGGCAUUGGGAUGAAGCAUCGAGGCCGAGUAGGUCCUGCAGCAUUGAUUGGCAUCGGAACUCAUGUCAUUCCCGUUGACCCAGCCGACCCAGAACAAACCACUACAGCUGUUGUGACGUCUGGGACUGGCGAACACAUUGCAUCCACGCUUGCAGCCAGUACCUGUGCGACUCGAAUUUACUAUGGCCAGAAGAUGGGUCCAAACGGUACAUUCGAGCCAGUCAGUGAAGAAGAGGCACUUCACUCAAUGAUUUCGAAUGAGUUCACUGGUCACCCUGCAGUUCAGAAUAGUGAGGUCGGUGGCUCCAUCGGAAUCCUAGCUGUUAAGAAAACAAACGAAGGCAUCGGUCUCUUCUUCGCCCACAAUACUGAAUCGUUUGCUGUUGCGUCGAUGGCUGCCGGAGAUCUCGAACCCCAAACUGUGAUGUCCCGGGGUAGGAAGAACGGAUCUAUCGCUCAGGGUGGGCUAAUGAUUCGUCCUAGAAAGUCCCACCAUCAGAAAUCCCAGAACUGA